AUGUCGUGUAACUACGGGAAUGAAACAUAUUCGAGCUUUGUAGUUAAUAGAAUAAAAGGUGUCGGUACAAUGGAGCAUGCCGAUCUGGUGUCGGAAAUGGCGCAAGUGGAGCACCUCACCACACAAGAGAGGCUUCACCUUGCUCGCAGACGGCGCAUGCAACAGCUCAAGAUAUGGCAGCAGAGGGAGAAGGAAUGGGCGAGAAUCAAACCCAAGAGAGAGAAGAGCAACAAGAGGAGUAUCUAUUUCAGCGAUAGUGUUAUGCUGCUUGAGGCUGCAGCGAGGAAUGAUAUUGAAGAAGUACGACGUCUGCUGGCUCGUGGUGUAACACCAGACGCAACAAACGAGGACGGCUUAACCGCGCUGCACCAAUGCUGCAUAGACAACAACGAAGCAAUGAUGCGGCUGUUGCUAGACCAUGGCGCGAACGUCAACGCUGAAGAUAGCGAGAAGUGGACGCCGCUCCACGCAGCAGCUACGUGCGGCAACCUGAACUUAGUACGAAUAUUAAUACAAAGAGGUGCGAAUUUAUUGGCUGUGAACGGUGAUGGAAAUAUGCCCUACGAUAUAUGUGAGGAGGAGAGGACACUGGACGCGAUCGAAAGUGAAAUGGCUGCGAGAGGAGUGACGCAGAGGUUGAUAGACGACACCCGCGCGUCCACGGAGAUGCAAAUGCUGAUGGAUAUAGCGGAAAUGGUUAAGGCCGCCAUGGAUUUGGAUGAACCGAGGGAUAGCCAGGGAGCGACACUUUUACACAUCGCAUCAGCAAAUGGCUACCUCAAGGUCGUGGAGUUCCUUCUCGAACACCGUGCAUCAACAGACGUUGUCGACCAUGAUAUGUGGCAGCCUGUCCAUGCUGCAGCUUGCUGGGGACAUUUAGAAGUAUUAGAACUAUUAGUACAAUAUGGAGCUGAUCUCAAUGUAAGAAAUAAGCACGAUGAAACACCUGCAGAUAUCUGUGAGGAAGGCGAGAUGAGGGCUCGAAUAGCGCGUCUGGCUGCGGAGCAAGAGGAGGUGAGACGUCGGGCAGCCAGCGGCGCCGGAGACAGGCUGCGUACUGCGAGGCGAUCGUCUUCUACCGCUUCCACUAGCAGGGUGCGUUCCGUUCGACGGACUUCGCUGCGGGAAAAACAAAUGGCCGCGAAGGCGGACGCCCGUGGUGAGGCACGACUGAGGGAAACCUUCGACUCCGCUGUAGAUGACGAGUAUCAGGGCUUAACGAACGGUGACAGCGAACAGAAGACAAAUGUAUCAGCCGAUCUAACAAACACAAGGCUCUCAAUAAGCUCGACGACAUCAAACCAAAGCUACGAGUCCGAAAACGUCGACUAUGCCAUACCGAAACAGCCCUACCAACGAUCACACCGACAAGCCGAACUGGAAUCAAAUGAGAAUUACACCCAACCAAAAAUCACGAAUCCCCUAUUCGGUGUGAACGCGGCGUCGCAUUAUUCACCGGCCCCGAUACAAACGAUUCAGGAAAAUGAGAAAAUGUACGAACGCACCCUGCCCAACGGCGUCCGGAAAGCGCCGGAGGGCCAAGACAACGAAGGGUUCAAAAGCGAGGACGCCCUCGACGGUAGGAAAGAGCUGGUAAUACCAAGCCAGAUUGCGAUCGCCGACGGCAGUACGGCCACAUACACCACAGACAAUAAUGGUAAAAUCAAUGUUCAUGUCACCGUCAUGAUUAACGCAGGCACCCUCGCGGACUUGAAGAAACAACGCGCGCAGAUAAGAACGAACGGUAGCCCUGUCGAAUCUACGAUGAAUUCGAACAACCACAGCCUUAAUUCAAUUUCGGAGAAGGAUCAGAACCCGUCGAUCUUAUCGCCGAGUUCAGGAACUGUGCCUAGGUUUUCAGGGCACACGAGCGACGUCGUAGGCGAUAUUCUGUUGGACAUUUCUUUCUCGACAAAUGUUCAGACACGAUGCUGUUCACCUAUUUAUCACGACUGCUUCCUUGGACAAUUCAUAUCCUUCAAGACUUAA